AUUGAUAUUACAUGUCUGCUAGCUCUCUUGUUUUCUAAAUCCGCAGUAAUUGUUCCUAACUCCAUUUCUAAUCUGCAGGUUUAUUGAAUGGGUAGGAUGCUGUUGCAGUGGUAGUUAUAUUGAUAAGAACAUUAAGCAUGAACAUGAGGAAGAAGAGGGACAAAAUAUGAGCUCUUUUUGCAGAGAUGAAGACAACAAGCAUCAUAUAAGAACCUUAGCUUGUGAAGCUCUUUCUCGUUUUCCUCUCUUCAUGCCUCUCUAUCCCGGGAUCCAUGGAGAAGUAGUCAUGUCAAAUACUCCCAAAUGGUUGGUUAAUUCUGGUCCAGGAUCUAAACAGGAUAUGUUCAGCACAAGGGUUCUUGUUCCUGUGCGUGAUGGUCUAGUUGAGCUUUUCUCCUUCAUAAUGAAACCGGUUGAUGAAAGCAUGGUUGAUUUGAUCAUAUCGAAUUGUAACACCUUCUUUGAACCCUUCCCUGAGCAAACACUGCCCUUUAAGAUCAUUCAUAGAGCUGAGGAAUCUAUUAGCUGCGGUUUGGUUAUGCACAAGGAAGAGGAUAUUUUGAUGCAAAACACCAUUGUUGAAGUACAAGAUAACAAGAAGAUGGUAAAGGAAAACUUCAAAUCGAAGAAUCUUUAUUCAGAGAGGAAAAGAAGAGAGAGACUUAAUCAGAAUAUCUAUGCUUUAAGAGCCCUAGUCCCCAACGUCACAAAGAUGAACAAAAACGGAACUCUUAGUGAUGCUGUUGAUUACAUCAAGAAACUGCUAGUAGAGAAGCAGAAACUUGAAGAUGAGGUGAGUGGAUUCAACGAGAUAGAAUGCAGAAGGAUCGCUGAAGAAUCUGCAUUAUCUAAUCCACAAGCUGAACAAUUUUCCUCUAGACUCAACAAGAGAGUUAACAACGAGGUGAAUCUUGAAGUUCAUGAGACUGGUGAGCGAGGUUUCUUGAUCCGGGUUGCGCAGGAGCAUAAACGAGAUGGAUUCAAAAGGUUGAUAGAAGCUGUAGACUCUUGUGGACUUGAGAUUAUAGACGUCAACUUCACCAGACUCAAUCUCAGAGUCAUGACCAUUCUCAAUGUCAAGGCGAGCAAAGACGGAACUACACCUGAAAAUCUGAGAGAUUUGCUGCUCAAGAUGAUAAGAAUAACUUAA